AUGUCCUUGGCAGGGAAGGUUGUCGCGUUCACGGGCAAGCUAGAGUCAUUCACGCGUGCGGAAGCGGCGUCCAAGGUCAAGGAUGCGGGCGGAGUGGUCUCGUCUAGUGUGACCAAGAAGACGACGCACUUGGUCGUGGGGAGUGACGGCAAAGUUGACAAGGCGGCUCCAGGAACUGUGGUGUGGACGGAAACAGAGUUCACUGCGGCUAUCACACCAACGUCCAGCGUUGAUGCCAAUGUAGAAUCAGCACCGACACCCCCAGUGGUCAUUCAUGUGUCUGUCAAGGACGAGGUAGACCCACAACCGGUCUUGGCAGGGAAGGUUGUCGCGUUCACGGGCAAGCUAGAGUCAUUCACGCGUGCGGAAGCGGCGUCCAAGGUCAAGGAUGCGGGCGGAGUGGUCUCGUCUAGUGUGACCAAGAAGACGACGCACUUGGUCGUGGGGAGUGACGGCAAAGUUGACAAGGCGGCUCCAGGAACUGUGGUGUGGACGGAAACAGAGUUCACUGCGGCUAUCACACCAACGUCCAGCGUUGAUGCCAAUGUAGAAUCAGCACCGACACCCCCAGUGGUCAUUCAUGUGUCUGUCAAGGACGAGGUAGACCCACAACCGGUCUUGGCAGGGAAGGUUGUCGCGUUCACGGGCAAGCUAGAGUCAUUCACGCGUGCGGAAGCGGCGUCCAAGGUCAAGGAUGCGGGCGGAGUGGUCUCGUCUAGUGUGACCAAGAAGACGACGCACUUGGUCGUGGGGAGUGACGGCAAAGUUGACAAGGCGGCUCCAGGAACUGUAGUGUGGACGGAAACCGAGUUCACGGCAGCUCUCGCGAAGGCAACAUCCAAGGCAGUACCGUCACCAACAUCACCCGUUGCAAUGUCUGUCAAGAACAAGGCGACGUCAGCUGCCGUCGGCAAAGGCAAGAAGCGUGCGGCCGCCGCGCCACCAACUACGCCGGAGAAGAAGCCCAAGACGGAGGCCACCAUCAAGUCAUCUCCAGUUCGAGUCACGACGCGGAAACCUGACAAGCAUUUGGCAGGCCGCGACCAGUUCACGAUCGUCGACGACUUUACCACAGACUUGAUGCAGACAAAUAUUGGCGAAAACAACAACAAGUUUUACAUCUUGCAACUCGUGGCAACCUCGGGGCAGUACCAUGUGUUUACUCGGUGGGGCCGUCUGGGGGACGUGGGGCAGCAGCAGCUCGCCGACUGCGGCGAUGACUUGGACAAAGCGAUCCUACUCUUUGAAAAGAAGUUCAAAGACAAGACCAAAAACAAGUGGAGCGACCGCCACGCGUUCGUCAAGCACGACUUGCAGUACCAACUCGUGGAACUCGAUGCGUCCGAGUCAGGGGAUGGCGGUGGCGGCGGCGAUGCCGCCAUGGGCAAACUGUCGGCUGCGCAGGUCCACAAAGGCCAAGUGGUGCUGGACAAGCUCUUGGUCGCACUCGAACACAACCCUGGCGCCGUCACGGCCUUGUCUGGCGAGUACUACUCGCUCAUCCCGACGCUCAGCGGUCGGCAACGCCCGCCGCCGCUCAACUCUAUCGAGCUCAUUCACGAAAAAGCAGCCUUGCUCGACUUUUGGCUUCGCAUGGGUUUUGACGACAUGGAAGAGCAAACUGGACUGGCGCCCAUUGAAGGCAUCAUGGACUUGCCGUUGCCGUCGACGCUUUUAGCGGCGUCCUCUGGCAUCACCCAAGGUCCUCUAAUCGAAAAAAAACCUUUAUCGGCUAACUGAAUGAUCUCCUUGUGUGAGUAGUUGGAGCCAUCAAGCAAUGUCAAGCGCGAGGGGCGGACUUGGUCAAACAAAACGCUGGGUCUCCCACUCGACCCAUGGACAAGGAAUUGUACGGCUCAAUUGUGCUGUACACUGGCAACUGGAUCUACUCCCAACUCAACUCGACCUUACGGUCGGAGAACCGAACUGCCAUUCGAAAGUACUUCAACUACCUCCGCGUGUUCCUGGAAGCCAUGUGUCGCAUGCCCCAAAAGGAACAAACGCUGUGGCGCGGCGUGAGCGUGGACCUCUUUGAAGCGUACGAACCAGGCAAAGUGAUCACGUGGUGGGGGGUCAGCAGCUGCACGUCGGACGAAAACGUCGCGCGCAAUUUUAUGCGGAGCUGCGGGGGCUCCUGCACGUUGCUCCGAGUACGGUGCAAGACUGCGAUGGACAUUUCCGUGCUGUCCAUGUUCCCCGGGGAGAAGGAAUGCUUGUUGGCACCAGGCACGCAGCUCAAGGUGGUCAAGCGCACCCGCAAAGGCAACAUCGCCGAGAUUGAAGUUGAAGAAGUUGGCAGGGCUAUUUAAAUGUAAUAUCACCAAAACAUGUGUC